CUCUAACUUCGUCUUCGCAAAGCUUCAUCGUCUGCUUCCGGACAUUAAGUCCAGACGAGGAUCUUACAGAUCAGGUCUCUCGGUUCAGUCCGUACAGGAUAGAUUAGUUUCGUGAGGUUCACAAUGCCCUCAGCUCAAGAUCCAUUCUAUGUUGUCAAAGAGGAGAUUCAAGAAUCUAUUGAUAAGUUGCAAUCUUCUUUUCAUCAAUGGGAACGCAUUUCAUCUGAUACUGGAGAGCAAUUACACCUCACAAAAGAACUGAUUGCUACUUGUGGAAGCAUUGACUGGCAGGUGGAUGAGUUGGACAAAGCAAUUUCCGUAGCAGCUAGAGAUCCUACUUGGUAUGGCAUUGAUGAAGUAGAACUUGAAAAAAGGAGGAGAUGGACGAGCACUGCUCGUGCUCAGGUGGGUGCUGUAAAAAAUGCAGUGGAAGCUGGAAAGGAUUCUACUGGCACUAGUGUGAAUGGGAUGCGCCGAGAAUUAAUGAGGCUGGCUAAUUCUCAGGAGACAGAUAGAUCCAACCAGUAUGCUGCACAACAUAACGAUGAUUUCAUAACAUCUGAAUCAGAUAGACAGUUGCUUCUCAUAAAGCAACAGGAUGAGGAGUUGGAUGAACUUAGUGCAAGUGUGGAGAGAAUUGGGGGUGUUGGGCUUACCAUUCAUGAAGAGCUCCUUGCACAGGAGAAGAUUGUAGAUGAAUUGGGUAUGGAAAUGGACAGUACGUCAAAUCGUCUUGAUUUUGUUCAGAAAAAAGUGGCUACAGUUAUGAAGAAGGCUGGUGUAAAAGGCCAGUGUAUGAUGAUAGUAUUUUUGCUGGUCCUGUUCAUCAUCCUUUUUGUUUUGGUCUUCCUCACCUAGUCUGAAGAAUGCAACAGGUCUUCCGCUAUACAUGGGAGGGAUCUGCUUUUCGAAAGAACUAUGGAACACUCGAGUACAGAUAUAUUUACUGGUUUAUCUAGGUUUGUUCAUAAAGCUUUCCUGGAAAUUACAAACCAAAAGAGUACGUAAGGUUAUUUAGAAAUUUUGAGGUUGAACAGAAUUUGAUGUUGAACAACCGGGAGUUACAGAGACAAUGUGAAACAGAAGCUUUAUAAUUGUUUAUUUGUUUA